UCAACGGGCGGGACGCUGCAAGGAGCUCGCUUGCACAGCCUGCCACCCCCCAGAACUAUUCCUCUCCCGCGCAUGUUGCCGCAGAGUUCCCAUCGUAUCCUUUCACAGAAACAAUGCACUACGCGGAGCCGGCAACCACUGCGUCCCCAAUAGCUGGGGGAACGACUAACUACUACACGUCGUAUUACCGCCGUCAGUUCCCAGCUUCUCCAAUUGUGGCAGACUCUGCAAUGGUAGGGGACGACGGCGUGCCUGCAGUCUCGUUGCCCCACGAGAAAUACCGUGUGGGGGACGCUACCCGUGCAGCUUUGGAACAUCAAAAAAUCCCGACUGAUGAACAUGCUGAACGCUCUACGAUCACCAGCUUAACGGAGCCAAUGCUGCUAGUCGAUGGAGUCAUGGGCCUUCCGCUAAGAGGGCAGGCUCCCUCCGACCGUGGAACAGCCAUUCUGAGCAAUGCACUUGCUCACAGCAGGGACAGCAGACUGUUGACGGCAAAGAAGAAAUUGCUGCCCCGGCCCAUGCAGCUCAUCCACGUGAAUCGGUGGGACGGCAAGGAAGUCCUAACCGUUGACGAAGGGGCUCGCCGUUGGCUUUCAGAACUCUCAACGAGAUCUGUCGCCGUCAUCUCAAUUUGCGGGGAACUCCAGACUGGAAAGUCAGGGCUUGCAAACCUCCUGCUGGACGACGACGUGAUGUCCAGUACAGUAGGCUUCGCCGUCGGGUCAUCUACGGCAGCUCCAGCGAUGCAUAAAGGCUCACGCUUCGCGCAGCGAGCUGAGUCGGAGGGCAAGACUGAAGGAGUUUGGGUAUCAGCUGUGGAGGCAGAAGGCGACAAAGACAAUUUGGUGUACCUCGUUUCAGAACUCUCAACGAGAUCUGUCGCCGUCAUCUCAAUUUGCGGGGAACUCCAGACUGGAAAGUCAGGGCUUGCAAACCUCCUGCUGGACGACGACGUGAUGUCCAGUACAGUAGGCUUCGCCGUCGGGUCAUCUACGGCAGCUCCAGCGAUGCAUAAAGGCUCACGCUUCGCGCAGCGAGCUGAGUCGGAGGGCAAGACUGAAGGAGUUUGGGUAUCAGCUGUGGAGGCAGAAGGCGACAAAGACAAUUUGGUGUACCUCGUCCUAGAUUUUGAAGGAAUCGGGAGCAGGAGAAAAACUGUGGAGCACGAUCAGCGCUUGUUUACCCUUGCUCUGUUGGUUUCCCACUUUCUGGUGUUCGUCACAAGAGGAGCUGUUGACAGCGACACUCUUUUCAGCCUAGCCUCAGCGUCGUCAUGGACGCAACGGUUGCGAGUGACCCACAUAGGCGCAGAUCGGCCAGACCAGAAACCGCCAACUCCGACAAAUGCCGGCCCAUCCGCCUCUCCUAGCCCAAAAGGCAAGGUGGAUGCGGCGUCUUUGGCUUCGAAGCCCGUUUGUCCUUCGCCGAGCAGUUGGAGAGCUCCUUCAUUGCUGUGGGUACUCCAAGACUUCAACAUGUCCAUGGUAGACGAGCAGCAAAAUCCUUUGACAGCAGGCGAUUAUCUAGAAGCCCUGCUGAGCCUGACCCUCAGUCGAGAUGCUCAAAACCUCAGCAAGUUGGCUCUAGCGUUGGAGAAUUCUCAGAUUCGCAUGGCACGUCAGGAGGUAUCAGAUCUAUUCGAUGAUCGUGACUGCGUCGCUCUCCCUUCCCCACUUGGCCAAUACGUACCAUACCAGCAGCAGGCAUCGUCUGGCCAGACCCAGGCAAGGGCUCUGGAGGCAGUCAGCGUCUCUGAAUUUGUACCCCUUUACCAACGACGACUUGGGCAGCUGCGCUCCCGCGUUUUUCGCGAUUGCAAAGGGCGGGCUCUGGAUGGAACUGCACUGACAGGCAUCUCAUUUACAAGGAUUUUAGAGAAACUCGUUGAAGGAAUUAAUGCGGGAGAGGUUCCAGAGAGUGUUCGGCUCCUGGGCUCCAUUCAGCAUGACGAGUGCAGACGUUGGAAGCAAGUAUGCGAGGACGCUUUCACUAAAGAGCUGAGGGAUACUUUCCAAGCAAAAUUACCUGUACCCACAAAAGAAUUGCAAGAUGGAGCAGAACAGUUGCAGCGCAAGUAUUCGGAGCAUUUCAAGAUCCAUGCAAUUGGCGACGAUGAGAUCCUUCGUCACUACAAGACGCAGUUGAAGGAGAAGCUUCGCCGAAUUACUGAGCGAGCGCUAGAGGAGAACGAA